AUGGCUUAUAAUAGUCAACAACAGCAAGCAUCCGCAUCUGCAAACGAUCAUAAUAUUAUUUCCGAUGUUGAUAAUCAUCCGUUGUCAUCAGACAGCAGUAGCAAUCCUGUUAAUCAAUCUAUGGUCGAUCUCGCGUCUUUGCUCGAAAUACCUCUUUUUAAUGAAUUAAUGCUUGUAUAUGAAAUUCAAUAUAACGCAACCAAAGAUGCUCUCAAACAUUUUCUCGAAGAACAGCCUGAUUUGAUUCUUCCUCUCUUUACCAAUGUGCUAUGGAGUUUGUUGGUUAAUCCGUUGUUGGCUAUUAAUCCAAUUACAAAUGUGAAUUUACCAGCUCAGGAUUUGUCGAUACCUAACGAAGACUUACAGAAUAUUGCAGAAGAAAUGUUGGAUAAGAUUAAAACACCCAACAAUACACAAAACGCAAUCAAUCCUCAACAGUGCAAUCAACGCGCGCAUACCGAAUUGAAUAACGAUUCUGAUAAACGGACUCGGAUUAACGGACAUCGUACUGAAAAUAAAAACAACUCUGUUCUGUGUAAUGUUUGCGCAAAACCAUUGAAAAAUCGAGCUGCGUUCGUGAAACAUCGUCGACGGCAUCUUGGCAUCUCAGAACUUGCUUUUGCAUGCGGAACAUGUGACAAACGAUGCAGUGAACGUCGUCAUCUAGCGGUUCACUGCAAAAGCAAACACCAUGAGAUGCCAUCGGUGCCGUCCAGAUCUGGAGCGAAUAAUCUGGAGCAGGAUAUGAUGACCCUUAACGAUUCAAAGGAAGAAAGUCCGGAUUCUGUUCCUGAAAUAAACUCCACGAAUGAGAAGGUACUUGUGAAGCUUUGGCGAUGUAAUGAUGAUAAAAAUAGCAUUCCGAACGGAAGGGAUAUGUGCAAUCAGUUGUAA